GUCCGGCGGCGGCGGCGGCUCUCCCGCGGCCGGCCAUGACCGGCGAGAAGCUGCGCUCGGUGCGCCGCGAGCACCGGCCCUGCAAGGACGGCGGCGGCCUGCUGGGGCCCGGCGACGAGGAGGCGGCGGCGGCGCCCGGCGGGGGCUUCACGGCGGGCCGCGGCAAGGGCGGCCGGGCGGGGGGGCGCCGCGCCUCGGGCCCCCAGGCGCUGAAGGCGCCGCCGGCGGGCGGGGGGGGCGGCCCGGCCGCCGAGCCCGGCAGGGGCCCCGCGCACUUCCCGGUGCACGAGUGCGUCUUCAAGGGCGACGUGCGGCGCCUCUCGGCCCUCAUCCGCACGCAGGGCAUCGGCCAGAAGGACAGCCACGGAAACACUCCUCUGCAUCUUGCUGUGAUGUUGGGGCAUAAAGAAUGUGCCCACUUGCUUUUAGCCCAUAAUGCUCCAGUAAAGGUGAAAAAUGCUCAGGGAUGGAGCCCUCUUGCAGAAGCCAUCAGCUACGGAGACAGACAAAUGAUUACAGCACUCCUACGGAAGCUGAAACAGCAGUCCAGGGAAAGUGUUGAAGAAAAGCGACCUCGGUUAUUAAAAGCCCUGAAAGAGCUAGGUGACUUCUAUCUAGAGCUUCACUGGGAUUUUCAAAGUUGGGUGCCUUUACUUUCCCGAAUUCUGCCUUCUGAUGCUUGUAAAAUACACAAACAAGGUAUAAAUAUCAGGCUGGACACAACUCUCAUAGACUUUACAGACAUGAAGUGCCAACGAGGGGAUUUAAGCUUCAUUUUUAAUGGUGAUGCAGCACCCUCUGAAUCUUUUGUAGUUUUAGACAACGAACAAAAAGUUUACCAGCGAAUACAUCACGAGGAAUCGGAGAUGGAAACAGAGGAAGAGGUUGACAUUCUGAUGAGCAGUGAUAUUUACUCAGCAACAUUAUCAACCAAAUCAAUUACCUUCACACGUGCCCAAACAGGAUGGCUUUUUCGAGAAGACAAAACAGAAAGAGUAGGAAACUUUUUGGCAGAUUUCUACCUGGUUAAUGGACUUGUAUUAGAAUCAAGAAAAAGAAGAGAACAUCUCAGUGAAGAGGAUAUUCUUCGAAAUAAAGCUAUCAUGGAGAGCCUGAGUAAAGGUGGCAACUUAAUGGAACAAAAUUUUGAGCCUGUCAGACGGCAGUCACUUACUCCACCAUCACCCAAUACAAUUACAUGGGAAGAGUACAUAUCUGCUGAAAAUGGAAAGGCUCCUCAUCUGGGUAGAGAGCUGGUCUGCAAAGAAAGCAAGAAGACCUUUAAAGCCACAAUAGCUAUGAGCCAGGAAUUUCCCUUAGGAAUUGAAUCAUUAUUGAAUGUUUUAGAAGUAAUUGCACCCUUCAAGCACUUUAACAAACUUAGAGAAUUUGUUCAAAUGAAGCUUCCACCAGGCUUUCCUGUAAAAUUAGAUAUUCCUGUAUUUCCCACCAUCACAGCCACUGUGACUUUUCAGGAAUUCCGUUACGAUGAAUUUGAUGAAUCCAUCUUCACUAUUCCUGAUGAUUACAAGGAGGACCCCAGCCGUUUUCCUGAUCUCUAAUUAAACUGGAAGGUUAAUGGUGAAUAACAAAAUAACAAUACCAGCGUACCACAGUGAAAGCAAAUGGAUGCAAAUAGCCCACAGAUAUAGAUAAAGGAGUUGGGUCAUAAAGGAAGGGAUAAACUUAAUCCAGAAGAAAAGGGAACGUGCAUCAAAUGACUGAUGUACCGAUACUCACUCUAACGGGCAUCUAAUCUAGUUCCUGAUUUACAGCAAGUCUCCUGCUGUGUUGUUCACACUUUUAUACAUCCAGUACUGCAAGCGUGGUAGUCUGACACCUCAGUGACCCUGAGAAUACUUAACAGCUGUGAGGACUAUCAUUCGUUUUUAAAUUUUUUUACAUUUCUUGGUGAUACAAAAAGCACUCUUGGACCAUUAGCAUAAAAGUGGAAAUGUCUUAGCUGGAUAUUAGUCCUUUAAAACAUCCCACCAUAUUUUAAGAUGACCGUAUUACAUUCUUUCAAGCUUUGUUUUCGAGAAUUGUAAACUAUGUAUCAUUAUGUAUAGUUCAGUAAUUUGAAUGUUAGUUGAAUGCAUAUUAGGAGGAAUGUGUUUUCUGUAGUUGAAUGAACCAAAUGGUAACCAUUAAACAAUUGCAUUUUCUAUUGCAAUACACUUCAGAAAUAGCAUUCACUCUGCAGGGAAUAAGGUACCUCCUCUAGCACCUUAGUGCAAUCCAUUGUGGUGCUAUCCAUGUCUCUGAACCAUUAAUUUCUUCACUGAGCUCUUCGUUAAUCUUGCUUUCAUUGGCCCUGCACAUAACUUCUCUUCAAACUGGCUGGGAAAGGCCUCUGUGUCCAUGAUGCGUGUUGAUUAGCAUGCUUGGAAGUUCAUUAGCUAGAAGCCGCCACUUUUCUUCAUCUGUCACGUUCACUUAGGAGACUUGCUCCGUAACGGUUGAACAUCAACUAGGUUAUCUCGUAUUUGUAUUUAGCAGCCACUGGGAAACAUGGGGUGCUUAUAAAGAGUUCCUAGAACAAUAAGCUCAAGCAUCAAGUCUUUGUAUGAGGAGAGAGGUUUUCUUGAAGUUAGUUCAAUUGUAGUGCACAUUGAAUGGGGCUCACCUUUGAGGAUUUUAUUUGCAAAUGCUUAGAAUGUUUCCAAAUCAUUUUUUUCCCCUUAUUAUUUUUAAUAGGUAGGGGUUUCAGUACUCUGGCGGCUUGAGCUGCUUCUUGAGCUUAUUCCAAGUGGUUCCAGUCUCCUAAUUUGACAAAAAUCCAGCUUUUUGGUUUGUUAGAAAGAAUUUGUGCAAAAGGCUAAUGGUGCUAUUUGUUUGUAUUAAGAAAUUUAGAUUAAAGUGCUGUGGUGUAAUUGUACAAAAAUGUAAAUAUUUUCAAAAUUAUAUUCUUUGUGCACUGUAGUUAAAACUUUUUCUGGAAAUAAUAGAGUUAAGUAUCAAAAUUUAUUAUGAAGAGUACCAUCAAUGCUUAGUAAAGGUAACCAACCUAACUAACCAUGCGGAUGAUACGUGGAGAUAGCUUAUCACAAGGCAAUAAAAGCUGACUUGUCAGGCACAUUGAUAGAAUGUGGAAAUGUGUCUGAAGGAGAAAUUAUUUCAAAACUUCUGGAAUCUAUCUGUAUAAAACCCAAAGAGGCUGCUCUAGAGAAAUACAGUAUCCACACUAUAAAUAGAGUCCUGAUGAAUCACUAUCAGCAAAGUAAAGAUGAGCUGAAAAUAGGAAAUUGAGGUUGAUCCUUGUCCAGCGUCACCUUAAACCUGCACGUUAGAUGGGUGAGUAAUGCUUGCUUUGCAGACUGUGACUGAUACACUGGAGUUACUAAUUCAAAAUCAAAUAAAAAAAACAAUAGGGAAAAAAGAAAGGGAAGUGUAAAAUUUUUGUAAUUAUGUUUGAGUACUGUAUCAAUAGCAGAUGUUGAACAUUUGGUAGGAAUGAUAGGACUUGUUCUUCCAAGUUGUUAUGAAUUCCUGAAGUGUUUUACAUCUAUGGUAUAAAUUGACUCCCACCUCGAGUUCUUGCUUAGAACCAGCUGAGAUCCUUACCACAAGAGACCCAGGUUGAAUGUAUGUAGAGGCUGAAUUAUCCAGUCGGUGCUGGAGGUCAGGAUUAAACGUUAAUGGGGCCAAAUGCUGAAUACUCCCGUUGCUCUCUUUUACAAAUACCUAAUGCAGAGAAGAAUGUUUGGGGCAGUGCUGCUGGAUCAGGUUUUGUGGCAGGCACAAAACUGAGGAGAGCACGGGUGCCAUAAAGUUGCUUGGAAACUUCAGCAGAUGCAGAAGGAUGUUUCUUCAUAAAGUGAAUGUUAGAAACCUUUAUUUUUAUUUUUUUCUCCUCAGUAUUACAGGGAAAGAAAGAACCAUGUGUUUUGUUAUUUUGUGUCUUCGGUUAUUCCAAAAUAUCACAGAGCUUGCUGACAUAGGAAGGAGCCUACGUAGCUGGGGCUAUGUAUUUUAGGCAACAUAACAACUGCAAUGGACUGGAUUCUAGAUCUUAAACAAAAGAAAAAAAAGCAAAAAAAACCCACUAACAACAGAUAUCACCUUUGAGUGUAGCCUUAUGUGAAAUAGAGGGUUCUGUAUAUCUCCAUCUGCCUGUAGAAGAGACUCUUCACUUCUGGUGGCAAGUGAGGUAUGGCUUGAAGCCCACUACAGUUUGUGGAAAUGUGGUCAGUGAUUUCCAUGGACUCUGGAGAUUUUUUUUUAAAUCUUCAUGACUACACAAUGACUAACUUUGAUACGUUUUAAGAUUUGCAGAAACUUUUUAUAGUGGAUUGCUAUAUUAAGGCUUGCUUUAAUUUGGAGCAUCAGCAGAGAAGAAUGGACACAGGUUUUGUUGACUGUAGUCUUUUUGCAUUGUUAUAGUGAACGUACUACUGCUUUUCUUCUUACUCCGAAGCCGAAUGAUCUGACUCCAUCAGAUUGUCCUUUCCAGUUCAGUGACUGUUUUGUAGAUUCCUGUGACAGCCUCAUUAAGUAAGAAUUGGUGAACUGUUUCUCGGUACAUUUCCUUCCAACUUCUGGUGAUGUGUUUUCUGUCUGAAACAUUCCUAGUGAUGAGUUUUAAAACACUGUUAAAAACGUACGGACACUUUGGGCAUGGUUUGCUGAUCAAUACACUGAAAGCUGUAGGAAUCUUCGUUAGCGAGAGGAACGUGUCUUGCGUUAGGCUGAGCCUGUGCUGGGGAGCUGCGUGCUGGCCCACCGGCAGCACCCCGGGGCCGAGAGCUGCUGUGCUCCCCGGCAGCGCAGCUGUGCUGGCGCGGUUCUCCAGUGGUGGCUGUGUCCACAGCGGUAUAAAUGUUUUAUCCAAUAUCAUUUGUUUUGCUUGCAAGGUUGUUUUUUUUUUUUUUUUGUACUGACACACUGCGUAUUUGUCAGUACGGAGCCAUCCACGCAGAAGCUUUGUCGGCGCUGUUGGUGGGUGAAGUGUUUCUCGUCUAGAUGUAGCCUCGGCCCCAGCUGUGCUGCGGGCGUUGGUGUCCGUUACCACUUAGAUCUCCUCUUCGGAUAUCUUUUGGAAAACUUAUCUUUUUUAGCAGGAUUGAUCUAGCGGAACUUAAUUUGUUUUUUUUUUUUUCCCUUCAUCUUUUCCUUAAGACCAGGUUAGGUAUUAAGGAAGGUUUGUCCCUUUCCAAUGAAUACAUAUCCACAGAGGUUGUCUCGUUACUGCUGCGUAGCAAGAAGCCCGGCAGCUCCAACGUUUUAACGCCACCUGAGCAUGUGUGGGAGCUUCCAUUGCAACGCAAUUCCAUGCAAUGUGACUCUCUAGGUAACAAAAACGCGUUUCUGGACCUACUAGCGGAGUUGUGUGGUAUCACUUGUGACGCACACAGCUGGGCUGGGAGAGGGAGCUUUCACAGCCUGUGCAAGAACCAUGGUGUUAAGAUGCUCGCUGGCACCGUGGGGCUUCCGGAGGUGAAGCUGAUGGUGCGGGAGCGAUGCCCAGAGGGGAGAUCUCUGUGUACCAGGGCUGUGAAAGAGACAACCUCAGCGCAGAGUUUGGGUGGUGUUUCUCUCUGAUCUCACCACAUAAUUUUUUCAGAUUGAUGAGAGAUUUUUUUUAUGAAUAAGUCUUAAAAGACAGCCGCUGAUUUUGGUAAACUGAAAUAAGAAAUUGUUGCAAAUAAAUUCUAGGGGUUGUUUCUUAACCAAACUGUUUUACUGGUCUUCCAAAACAUUGCUUUAAUUUGUGGCAAAGGGAAUGCGUUUUCUUCUUCCUUUCAAGGAGCUGCUGUUCCAGUCACUGUACUCACUUUACUGCAAUUCUUGAUUUAUGUAUUCAAAUGAUUUGUUUUAAAAAAAACAACUCUGGAUAUAUUUGUGCUGGAAACCCACAUUGUUGAUAUUCAAAGCAAUUGUCCAUUUUUAAAUGUAUUUGUUCUGGAUUUUUAAUUCAUGCAAGGAUAACUGCAUUAUUUAAUCUGUAUUAACAAACUUCCUGUAAUGCUGCAGUUUCACAUUUAUUUUCCUUACAAUUUGUAACUAUCAUGGAAACAAUGUCACUUUUUUUGCAUCUUACUAGUUUUUUGGUCUAUGUUUUUAACUUACCUUCACUAAUAGUAAUUUUUUGGUUGUAUCAUUUGUUAGAAUAAAGACCAAAAUAUGCUGUUCGAUUCUGAAAUUGUUCAACAUGUGAAAAACGUGAAAAUCAAGUUCGAUGCUCCCUCCACGUGGUACUCUUGGGAGUAUAGAGGUGUACAUCUCUGAGCAAGGAUUUGAUUUGAGGAGAUGAGUUCACACUGCUGCAUUCUGCAAGGGCAUUUUAUUGGUCAGUUUUUAAAUAAAAGUCUCAAUUUUCUGCCUAGCACUGUUUUUUACCCUUUGUGAAGCUCUGAAAUAUUACGGGACUGUCUAGUACACUAUAGUAUUGCAGUAGGGGUAGAUCAUGAACCACAGCUUCCACCAUACCUAGACCUGAAGGAAAAAAGGAGACCUUUUAAGUUUAACUGUGUUCAAUAAUGACAUUAGUUUUAUCUCUUAAAUCCAGACUUAUACACAGGAAAACUGGUCAUAAUAGUAGUCUCAGAACAGCUGUGGACAAUGACCUUUUAACAGUCAUUUGUAAGAGGAAAGCAGAACUAACAUUUAAAGAGCUAUGAAGUUAAUUAAAACAGUAAAAGCACAGACGUUCGGUACGUUCGGUCAAUGGGUGGGUACACUUGUAAUCUUCAUGGUUGGGGUGUAGUAACCUAAAAUAAUAUAGGGAGCUUCAAGCCUGGCUUUGGCCAAAAUGAAGUACAUUCAGUUUAAAAUGGGUAUGCCAACACUUGCUAUUUCUUCAGGGAUUUCAUCCAGUGUCUUGCUCAGUCCUACCAUCACAGUAAUCAUGCCUCAUGUAGUGGGAGAUGUACUUGCAUGAGGGCCUAUCUGCUGAAACAGCAUCCCCCAGCUACAGCAGGACAAAAACCUUCUCCAUCUGGACUGUGGUACCUCAUUUAACACCAUUUGUGUACAUUCAUUCCAAAUGAAAUAGUGCAGCUUGAACUGCACGCUGACAUGGUACCUGAGAGGUUGGAACAAAACCAAUAUUGGCAUUUACUAAAUUGUUUAGUUUCAUUUUAGGGGAAAAGAUGUCCCAUUCUUAAGACUAGAGGGAACGGAUGCUUUUGGGUGUCUUGACAGUGGCAUGCAAACAGAACAGCCACUAGUAGGAAUGUGAGAGAAUAUGGCUGAAAUGUGGCAGUGGUGAAUGUAAGGUUGCUGUAUAAACAAAAAUUAACCCUAUUUGGUACUAGGUUGGUGGGUUUUUUGUUUAAGAAUGCUAGUGGCAGAAAUAAUAGCUACUGAAAUAUUUAAUAUAGCACAGGAAUUAACAAUUGCCAACAUAAACAGUCACCUCCUCUAUUGCUGUACUAUUGACCUUUGGUUCCUAGCUGUCAUUUUCCAAGGACUUUAGGUUUGGCCUAAAAAUAGCUACUGCUUUUUGCUUGCGGUCUGCAAGCAGAAAGUGGGAGAAAAGCAAGGAAUAACUUUUACACACUCUUCAGUUCACAAUUAGCAACCCUUACAGGCCACCUCUCAAUGCAAUUUUGAACAGGAAAAAAUGUUCUGCAAGUUACUACUUUAAGUUAAAGCCACUUCCAGGAAUGCUAGAGGACAGGGAGCCGCUGCUACUCAGUCAGGAUUAAACUACUCAAGUAAGGCAGAGACUUGUUACGUGACUUGGAAAACUUCACCUCAAGGCGAAGGCGAUCUCAGUAAUAAUUAUUAAUCAAUUAUCAAUCCAAAGUUAAAUUACUGAAAAUAAAGAUCUUGAGUCAGCGCUCUGUAAGAGCUGGUGUACAUGUACAUGGGCGCAGCCUGUGCGAGCCCUGCAGGAGGAAGGCAGCGCUCAGCUCUGCACCAGUACUGAAGGAGAACACCGACCUGGUAGGGGCUGUUUCCUAAAGCACCCAGCAGCCCACCUGCCACCGCCCCUCGCUAUCAGCUCCCAGGGCAAGCCGGCCAAGACACGCUGUCACGCUGAAAGGCAGUAAAAUGGGCACAAUUAGCAAAUGUAGACUGAGAAAGCACACUCAUGUUUCUCCAGUCUAUACAUUUAGGCUUGGGCAGCCUGAGGUACACAGUUAAUGCACACCAGACUUCAUUACUAAAAUAAACUACCAAUCAUUUAACUUAAUUAAAUGUAGCACUGUAUGUGUCAGCCCUGGAUUUACCACCUUCAGCUCAAUACCCUGGUAAGGAUCUGACUUAGCCCUUUCAUUACAGCAUGUUAAUGACUUUCACAACAACGAGGUCUAAGGAUCAAGGAGGUUUACUUUAUUACUAUAAAUUGUUUUAUGUUCUUAUACUUCACAUAUAAAUACCUUGACAACUAAAAAGGCACAUCUAUGAAGACAUCAUGCACCUUGUCCGUGUCUAUAUUUUGUUACAAGAACUAUCCGGUUCUCUCCACUGUCAGAAAUAAAAGGCUAGAACUGCUUUUAUGACAUAUACCUCUUUGUAUUGACAAAAUACUUCAAAAAGUUGGUAAAAAUUUACAUUUCUACAAAUUCUAAAAAAUGACACUUCAUAUCUAAAUGGCAAGUUCCACUUUGCCUAGGGCAAAAGGACAGUUUAAAAAAAAGUUGAUUUGACUCAUCAGAUUCUAAAAUUCAAGCACCACUUACAGUUCUAUUCCAAAACUUACUGAUUCUAACCAGUAAGGUUUCAGUUCCUGGCAUAACAGCCUAUUUUAUAUGUACAAAGCACUUGCUGCUUCCUGUUUCUGUGUCUUCCAUCAGCAUCCUAAAAAUAAAAGAUGAAUGUUCAUACUUCAUUGAAAAUACAGAAGAAUUUACAAAUACGUUUCUUUUAAGUAUUUGCCCCUUAAUACCUCUAGAUUACCAUUUCAGCCUGUUCCCUUUAUUCCCAAAUGAAGUAAAAGAAUUCUCUUUAGUGUAACAUAUUUAACUAGAGCUAAAAUGGCAAGCUUAACAGUUUUGUCACUGUACUUAGUUUUAAAAAAGAUGGAGUUGUUAAAGUCUUUUUGAAAUACAUAGAUGAAGAAAAAUGGAUUCUCUAAAAAGGAAUGAGGUAAAGAUUCACACAUUCAGUGGUGUAAAUAAAUACCAGUAAAGUUUUAUAGGAACAGGAAUAUAAGUUUACGGGUUUUAUUAUCAAAGUUUUGUAAAACAAUUUCAGAAACUGUACAUCAACAUGGCACAGACUGUAGCCUACUUUUGUCUUUUUACCUGCACAAAAGUAAAAGCUCUUGAACUUCUGUAACUAAGAAAACAGCUUGCCUACCUACUUUGCAUAUAACAUGGAAUCACUGUGUGCAUAAGAUUACUACUGCAGUGACAGUAACACAAAUUUAUUAGUUUAUACAACUUGAGAUCAAGUAGAAAGUACAUUAUCAAGUAGACUUGCUUUUAAAAGCAUACAAAGAUCAAUUUUAAAAUGCACUACCUUUUUGCAACGUGUCUAGCUCAUUAACAAAUAAAACUACCUGGAUUACGAAGACUGCACAAAUCAACCUUUAAUCACUGGGUACAGUUCAAGCAGAGACUUUCACUCCCAAGGCCCAAGACGAAAAGCUAAGAACCAUUACAACUUGUCACUUUUUGCUGCCUGGGAUGGAUUUGAACUGACAGAUUAAAAUAAGUCCUCAAAAAGGUCAGUGCAUUUUAACUUUGUCAAAGCCAAAAAAAUCCACCAGAAAAAGAAAAAAAACAAAACGAACAAAAAAAGCCCAGCCGUAUGGCUUAA